AUGUGGCGGCUGGCGGGCCAGAGGAGGCUUGGGCUGGGACCCAUGGCAAGGACGCUGCCCGUCCUCGAUCGAGCCUGUGUUCCGGGUGGACCCUGCGCAAUGACCUUUGUUACGAGCUUGCCCAGCCAAGCUCGAUUCGCGUCCGGGCAGAGAGAAAAAUCUUUACCAUCGCGGCUGCCUUGCAUACCCAGCGAGGGGCAAGAUCAAGGCAAGUCUUCCUUAGCUUCCCCUGAAGCGGAGGAAGGAAAGAUCAACACCAUUCCGGAAAGGGAGGAUUGGGAGAUGGAGCCCCUGAUGGCGGACGCCAGGGUGUUCUUGGUGGCCGGGGCUCUCCUGUGCUUUGGGGGAAGUCUCGUCUCCGUUUAUGUGGCUGUGACACAUGAUCCGAACCGGAAAGAAGAUCGGACGGUGCUGAAGCGAGGGGAAUACAUCGCUGGUGGUAGUGUUGUCGGCGCCCUGGUCAUGAUGGUCCUCAUCUUGCUAAGUGUAGCCUGCCGCGAGACGCAGUUCGUGCACGGAGCCAAUCCGCGCGCCGUUUCACUUCGCGAGACCAUUGUUUCACCUACGCAGCGCGUGCCAGAAAUGGUCAGUCAUCACGAUGGCGAAGGCAAGUUGUUCGUUGGUCAUGUGAUGAUUCCUGCACUGGACUUGCUUGGAGCGUUGCGUGGCAAGGCUUCUCAGCUGCUGAUCUCCUUUCUGUCUGAUCCUCACGGCAACCAGCGGGUUUCUACUCGUGGGGCUGCCUUCCGGAACUGGACGCCGAGCCCGUCGUUAAUUGUCAGCCUACUGUCGUCUAGUCAAGAAUGCACGGCUUCCAGGAGCAGCUUCAGUGGCGCCGGCCCAUCACCUCCAGGAGGUUACGGCGGGUACGGUGCGGGCGGGGGUGCAUCCAGUGGGUAUGCCAGCAGCAGCGGGUACCAUGGCGGAUACGGCGGUGGUGGAAGCGGGUAUGGUGGGGGUGGACAUGGAGGCGGGUAUGGCGGGGGUGGCUAUGGAAGCGGGUAUGGCGGGGGUGGACAGGGAGGCGGAUAUGGCGGUGGUGGCUAUGGAGGUGGAGGAUAUGCAGGCGGGCAUGGUGCCAAUGGCGGGUAUGGGGGAGCUCCUGGUGGCUAUGGCUAUGGCGGCUCGCAAAGUGGAGGUCCACCCGGCCCGGAUCCCUAUGGCAAUUCCUACCGGGAUCCGUAUAGGGAUCCGUACGGAGAUCCCUAUGGUGGUCCCAAUGGCAUGCCUCCACCGAAGGGCCAACCUAUGGAGGACGAUUUCGACGAAGGUGCAGGGGAAGGGCUGAAUAUGGUGGAGGCAGGGGCUGGCUUACCUCCACCGGAUGAGCCUGUUGACGAGGUGGACAUGGAUCCGGAGGCUAUGUACGAAGAGGGGGCCCCCGAAGAGCCGAUCUCCGAAGAACCGGAGGCCGGCUAUGGAGAAGGCCCACCUCUGCUACUAGUCAACAACGAAGGCCAAAAUAUUUUGGCGAAGGAAAAGACCAGGCAGCUGAUCAACAAAGUCAACAUCCUGUCAAAGACCCUUCAGGCCAAGCUGCCACUUUACGACGAGGGAACGGACCUCCCGGAGCCCGAGGAUGAGAUGAGGGAGAUUUGCAGGGCCAGGGAGGUGGAGAUCAACAAGCUGGAGCAGGCGAAGACGGCUGCCGAGAUAGCGCGCCUGGAGAAUGAGGAUGAAGAAGGUGGUGCUGACAUUAACGUCGAGGAGGAGGCGAAGAAGAUAAGAUCAGAGUGGCCGGGUGACGAGUACGACGACCACGGAGGAUAUCCCGCCCCUGAUGCUCACUACUACCAGGGUUAUGACUACGGUAGUUACGAUUACGGUCACGGUCACGGUCACGGCCAUGCUGCGGCACCUGGUGCUCCCGGGCCACCUGCGGCUGCCGUUUGCCCUCCUUCCCUGGUGGCGAUUGCAAUGCUGCUGCCGCACCUGAGAGAGCGGCGAAAGCUUCAGCGUGAAGCAGGCUUCCUUAGCCAGGCCGUCUUCUAG